AUGUCUUACAGCAGUUCUAGUUAUUCGCAUUCGACAUCGCAUUCGCAUUCGCAGUCGUAUUCGUAUCAGUAUGAAUAUCAAUACAGUUAUACGUCUCAGAGUGGCCAAGUGGGUACCCGUUCCGUAUCAUUACCGACAGAUUGCUUUAAUCGUUUUAUUUCUUGUGCGCCUCGACAUGCAAUCUCGCAGCAGAAUUUCAUGAAAGUUGUGCAAGUUAUUAUGAUGGGUUCUAAGGCAUCCGACUCUGAUAUACGUCAAGCAUUUGCUAUUCUGGAUGCUGAUGGUUCAGGUACUCUUGAUACGGCGGAAUUAGCAAAAGUGAUACCUGCUAUUAUGCCUGGUGCAACUUGUGAUACACUGCCUACAAUGAUUCGUCGUUACGACACAAAUUGUGAUAAGGUACUCAAUUUAAAUGAAUUUACCAGUCUUGUCAAGGGCAAUCUUGGAAGAGAUGUUGUCUGCACAGACGUUCAUAUGAUUCAGUGGAAUUAG